UUUCUAUGGAGCUGUUCCAUGGAAUUGGAGAGUUCUUCCGUUUUGCUAUCCCAUCUGCCGUAAUGAUUUGCCUGCAAUGGUGGUCAUAUGAGAUUGUAGUCUUGCUAUCAGGGCUCUUAUCAAAUCCGCAACUUGAGACUUCAGUCCUAUCUGUGUGUCUCACGACGACCUCAACACUUUACUCAAUACCGUAUGGAAUGGGUGCUGCAGUAAGCACUAGAGUCUCAAAUGAAUUAGGAGCUGGGCGUUCACAAGCUGCUCGUAUAGCUGUCUACACUGUUAUGAUUCUAGCAAUUAUUGAAGUAAUUAUAGUAAGCGGAACCCUCUUUGGCACCCGAGACAUUUUCGGUUACAGUUUUAGCAACGAGAAGGAAGUCGUUGACUAUGUUUCCAACAUGGCCCCUCUGGUUUGUUUGUCUGUUAUAUUAGAUGGAUUACAAGUGGUCCUUUCAGGUGUUGCAAGAGGAUGUGGGUGGCAGCAUAUAGGGGCUUAUGUCAAUCUUGCAGCAUUUUAUUUGUGUGGGGUUCCAGUUGCUGCCAUACUGGGCCUUUGGCUGCAGUUGAAAGCAAGGGGCCUUUGGAUUGGCAUACAAGCCGGUGCCAUUUUGCAAACAGUUCUUCUCUCCAUCAUAACAAGUUGUACGAAUUGGGAAAAGCAGGCAAAAGAGGCAAGGGAAAGGAUAUUCGAGCGAAGAUCUUCUGCUGAAAACAUAUUAACAGUUAAUGAAAUCAAUGACAAAAGGGUACCCCGAUUCGAUUACUGUAAGGCGAUAUGCUUGUCAAUAUGUUGGCAUCAUGGCACUUCAGCUAAUGAAUUGUGGGGUCAUGAUACAGCUGCGUAG